CUGAGUUCAGAGAUUACUUCACUCAUAAUCAGAAGAGAGCGCAGAGCAGACUGUUUGUUUGUCUCCUUAUUCUACAUCAUUCCUCCUCUGACCAUGGAGAAAAGAACGAACAGGAGAGGAUAUCCAGAACAAUUUGUGCAAAAACAGCACUUGAAGCUGAAUGAUUUAAAAGAGAAAGCUUGUAACAAAUACCUCAGCAAAGAAGACAUCCCAGAAUACCCCAGACCAGAGUUCCAUGUGUCUCAUCUGAAACACGACACAGACAGAGAUGGACUGAAUGGCAUCUGGACGGAUAAUGGCUUCAAGAGCCCCUACGAAGGUCCUCUGGUGUGGUGGAGUCUGGCUGUGACACCUGAUGACAUGGAGUCAGCUGAGAGGAGGCUCCUGGAGGAAACCUACCCCGACCGCACAGAGGAGCAGACCCAGAUGCAGCAGAGCUUCCUGGAGAAGUUUGCCACCUCUCCUGCCUUCAAGAAGACCUCCAGGCUGGGCUCGUUCCGCUUCACCUUCCCCCUGGAGGAGGUGCUGAGUGCCUACAGCCAGCAGUUUUGCUCCGGUGCUCAGCCUGUCAUGCGGGUGUUUGAGACCAUCCUGUACCCAAAGGAAGUGGUGUACACUGUGCUGGUCCACAGCCCAGCCAAUCAGGAGUUCUCAGACUAUCCUUUGCUGACUGACGACCCAGACGCUGUCUGUGCUUAUAGAGAUGGCCGCUUCAUCUGGAGGCCUGAGGCCAUGAGUGAGACACACAGCUAUGAGCUGAUCCGGAGACCUGCUGAAAAGCAGAUGGAAGCACAGAAGGUGGCUUACCAUCAGUUUUAUGUUUGGGAUAAUGUCGCCAUCGCCCUGCACGUGGAGGAACAGGUGCUGAAAUUUGAUACUGGCCGACUGAGAGAGAACCUCAAGUUCUGCAGUGCAGGAAAGGUUGUAUUUACACCUCGUUACAACUUUCUGAGCUUCCCACGCGCUAAAGAGAUUGUGGAGGAGAUGUGGCCUGGCUGUCCCCCACUGGAGGAAGAUAAAGAACCAAAUUCAGAGAAUGAAUGAAUGAAUUUUAUUUUGGUUACACAUGUCUUGGGAAACAAAGAUUAUUCCACACAAAUUUUCUCAGUCAGUAACCAAAAAGGAACAGGCUGAAGCCCCAGCCUUAUUUUUGCCUCUCCAGUAACAACCAGAGGAAACCCCAGAAUAUCAACAACACCAAAGAAAGGAAAUAAAUUAAUUAUAAAUACAUUAUACUCUGAAUUAUAAACCUAAAUUAUUUUACAUUUUAAUCAUUUUAAGACUUUUUUUUAAGCACUGAGUCUAGUCCACAACUUGACUCCCAAAACUGAAACACAUCUGUAUUUUACUUUACAUGUUUCAUAAAGAAACAACCCUCUUAAAUUAUAAUCUCCUUCUCUUAAUAAAAAAAAAUAUUGCAGACAAACAGGAAGUUUCUCUUGGCAACAUGAAAAAGUAUUUCCAAUAUUUUUAAAUACACAAAUGUCUGGAGACUGGAGGAGCUCUUUUCUGACAUUUAACUAUGGGGUCUACAUGAAUAUUUGUUUUAUAUGCAUUUUCUCAAAUUUCAGCAUAGGUCAAUAUAUACAAACAUUUCUUAUUCAACAACUCCCAACAACAGCAAUGGAUUUAGAUAAUUUCCGUUUAAUAUGUUCUAUGUGUGGCUUCCAACAUGGUUUAUGAUCUAAAAUCACUCUAUAUCAUAUAUAUGUACUCUAUAAUCACUAUAAUCACACAAAAUUUUGAUUGAUGUACUCUUUCAAUUCAAUCAUUUAAAUUCAAUUUUAUUUCACAAUUAGUCCUGAUAUCCCCGAACACCAUGAAUUUAGUUUUAUAUUUUCAACUUGAUUAAUUCCCGUUCUACUGCUUUUAAUAACUCUUUCAUGUCCUCACCUGGACAAAAUAAAUUUGUUUCAUCAGCAAAUGUUACAGAUUUCAACAUAUUAGAUACCGUACAAAUAUCAUUUAAAUAAAGUAUAGAUAACUUAGGUCCUAGCACUGAACCUUGUGGAACACCACAGGUUACUCAUCCAAGAUAGUUUUAAUUUCACAUACUGAAACCUAUUAUUAAAUAACUAUUUAACCAAAGUUGGGAAUGAUUGAUUGUGUCAAAUGCUUAAUGUAAAUCAAUAAAUACACUAUAACUCAUAUUUCUCAACAAAAUCCUGAAAUCUGUUUUUAGUAUUUCAUGAAAGUGAAGUAGCAACAAUGACACAGGUCUAUAAUUUGAUGCAAUAUGCUUGUCACUAUUUUUAUAGAUUGGAACCACUUCAGCCUUUUUCAUUUUAUCAGGAAAAAUACUUGUGGGAAAAGAUUUUUUUACAUCUUGUGUUUACAUAUUUAAGUAAAUGGUUUGAUGACACAUUCAAUUGCUUCUUUUAUAAGUGACAUGUCAAUAGUGUUGUUAUCCGUAGACUUUUUUUCUUAAACUUUCUGACCACUUGUAGCACAUCACUUCCACUAACUCCACCAAGGAACAUUUAAUUACUGUUAUCAAAGGCGAGAUCAACAAAAUUAUCUUUUUUUAUACCAUCAGAAACACGUUUCACAUUUCUGCCAUGUAAACAUAUAUACCAUGUACCAGAAGCCAAGUUUACACCAUCAAAAACAAGUUUAUACCAUCAGAAACCAAAUUAAUGUUUUUAGCUGGACUUGUAGAAACUGUUGGAGCUUUUUAUUUUGAACUAAACACUGGAUUUAAUUAAAUCUUUAUAUGUUUUAAUUUGUGAAGUAAUGAAUAGGGUUGAGAGGAAUUCUUGGCUGCGUACAUCAGGUCACACAGGUGUCACAGGAGAAGAUGAGGCUGAUGUAGAGCAGAGUCUUUAUGGUCAUAACGUGUUGGCCUAAUCUUUACAACUUGUCCAGGAGAACACUUGUUUUGAAUAUAAUCAGCCUAUUAGUUUUUAUCACCAUCAUUGUCAGUAGAAUUUGUUAAAUUUUAACAGUGUUUCAGUGCCAGGUAAAAUAUAUGAUUUUCUGUGCCCUCAGUUUGGAUUUGUGUUGGUAUGUUUGCUCAGUGCUCUGUACUUUGUCCUGUGGUGGUGUUUCACAAUGCUGCUUUUAAUAAACUCUGUGGUGUCAGGUCA